AUGAAGAAUAGUCCACGAUCCAUUUUCCUCGGAUGGGCAGGGUUGGCAGUUUGCGCAUUGGGAGGAUAUCUUGGAAGCAAGGCAUACACUAGCAACCGACUCAAGGAAUAUACUACUCAAGGUUUCAAUUCUUCACCAGAACAAGCUCACUAUCAAUCUGAACAACAACAACAACAACAACAAGCUGAAGAGAGCGGGGACAAACCAUUGCGUCGAUCAGUACAGCGUACUCUUUAA